GUGGAGUAUCGCGGCACGUGGUGGUGGCGGUAUGCAGGGUCCACCUACUUUCCAAAUUCGUCGACUUCAUCUUUUCUCCAACCACGUCCAUACAAUCUGUUCAAGGCGAGCCGUUCACGUUCGCACCACACAUGGGCGGAUAAGUUAUGGCGCAGCAACCUGCCGUGAUCUUCAUCGCGAGACACGGUCCCCGCCUCGACGCCGCCGACUCCACAUGGCACUUGGCAACACCUACGCCAUACGAUCCUCCCAUCACCUACGGCGGUUGGAAUCAGUCUCGUGCUCUGGGAACGCGCAUAGCCAGCCUCUUACACGCACGAGAGCAGGAGGUGGAGCAAUCAAACAACCAUGACAACAGCAACAGCGAGGAGCGAGGAAGACCCGCAAAGCGCAGAAGACUACGACACAAAGUCGUCAUUCACACCUCUCCUUUCCUACGAUGUCUGCAGACCAGCAUCGCCAUCGCGGCCGGCAUGGCGCAGUACAACCCCUCCAUCGAACUCAGCAACGAGCAGAAGCGGCCUAACUCUGCUUCCCCGAGAAUGCGUAGCGCGGAGGGCAGUGGUGGUAGCCCACGCUCUCUCUCCGCUAUACCCGGUCCUAAGCACGAUCUGGUGCACGCCGUUGCACGGAAGGCUCUGCAUGAGCAUAAGAGGUAUCGGAAGGCGAAGCUGCGCGUUGACGCCUUUCUCGGCGAGUGGUUGAACAAGCAGUACUACGAAGGCAUUACCGCGCCUCCGCCGAGCCCCAUGAUGCUUGCCACAGCCAAAGCGGAGCUACUCGAGAACGAAAGCGUGCAAAUCUUCCGCCCGACAAUCGUCACCAAGAACUCCACCGACAGCAAUUCUCUCUGGGGCGGGGGGAACGCGAGUGGUGGAAGCAGCGGGCGAUUAAGUCCGCUAGACGACUGGAGUCCCGUGGAAGACGCUAUCCCGCCCUCGCCCCCUCGCUCUCGCGCCAAUUCGCAAAACAGCCCAAUUGGAAUGGAGAGCGGGCGUCGCUCGCCUUUUCGUCCUGGCUCGCCUUUGCUGCCGCUUGCGUCUUUGGUGCCGAAGCAGGAGCCGUCAAUUUAUCGACCGCCGACGCCGCAGUAUGCUGUUUCGGCGUCGCAUUUGAUUCCGAGGGGAUAUGUGGUGCAUGCGCGGAAUGCUUGUACUAAUGUGGAUUAUUCAUGGGAUAGUAGUCGGCCUCCGCAGAGCUGGGGCGAUGGAGGGGAGUUUGGGGAGGAGUGGUCGCAUAUGCAUAAGCGGAUUCGGAAAGGUCUCACCUCUUUGGUGGAGUGGUAUAGUCAUGGGGGAGGAGUGAACGAGGAAGCCGACGAUGCGAUCGAAUUCGAGAAGCUGGACGGGCAAACUGGAGAAGACGAACGACAGGAGGAUCUAGUCGUCAUCCUCGUCACGCAUGGUGCAGGCUGCAACGCGCUUAUGGGCGCUCUCACAGGCCAACCGGUUCUACUCGACGUCGGCAUGGCAAGUCUCACCAUGGCCGUGAGGAAGCACGAUGCGCCCCAGACGAACGCCACUGCCCCGAACUUGCAACGCCGCGGAAGUGUGGAUACGGGUUUGAGCACGAUCUACGAAAUGAAAAUGGUCGCAUCCACAGAGCACCUACGCCCCGGCGCAGAGCUGAAGCGCGCAGCUUCGCCGGCCGGCAGAUCGGAGAUCACGACUCGCGAUGUCCUGCCGAGAUUCCAGGAGCGCUUGACUGCUCGCAGCAAUACGAACUCAUCUCUGGGCACGAUUCGGCGGCCCUCGGCUGUCAGUAUACCGUCUGCGGCGAAGCUCAACAAUAGCGGCAAGGGCGGUGAGAGUGAUGGCAACCGGUCUCAAUCCCAGCCUAUGACUUUGGGCUUGUGGACUCCGCCUGCUUCCCGCUCGCCAGGCUUACAGCCUCAAACUGCCGUUCAAGAACAGAAGCGCGCAUCUGUCGAUUCCGGCGAAAGUGUCAAGCUCGACAACAGCAACAGCGCCCCGACGUCCCAACCGCGCUCUCCUCCGCCCAACGAAUCGGAUAAUACCAGUGCCGCCAGACAGUCUCACAACAACAUCGCCUCAUACGACGGCGCAUCUGAUGACUCGAACGACGGGAGUCCAACCGCCGGAAUGAAAGAAAGCGACGACGUGCUUAGCAACAUCCCGCCUGAGCUUAGUAGGCGUUUGAGCCAGCAGGGGCUUUGGGGUAGUCGGCCUAGUGGCGCGCACGUGGAGAGAAGGGUCAGGCAGCCGAAGAGGAGGUGGACCGUAGAGCAGGAUUGAGCUUCUAUUUCUGCAUGCCUUGGUCUCGGCCUGCGUGCCGUGCUGCCUCGAAUCGCAGAAUUGACAGGAUGGUGUGGUUUCAGCAGUUGCCUUCGGACUUCCAUUCUCGAAGGCCUGCUUUGAAGUCAUUCACUUCUACCAUAUUUAGCCCUCCUUCUUAAUCCUCUCCCUCGCCCUCAUCAACGCUUUCCCCAAUGCAUUCUCACCCCAUUCGUCGAUAUGAUCCAGCGCAUCGUCCGAGUUGAACUACACCACAACGCAAUCAGCCAAACCCAUCCCAACAAUCAAAGAGCACAAAAAUAGCAAGACAAGCAACGAAAA